UAUAUUGCUUUCGACUGCCGCGCGCUUUGGAAAGAAAUUUUUGUUGAUGAAAUUGAAUUUCAUUUUGGGAAGAACCAUUUCAUUUUGCAGGUCAUUGUUUUUCUUGAUGCGCGCAAAACAUUUUUUUUUAAUCUGAUGGCUGCGAAUAAUCAUCAUCUUGGAUCUCCGAUUAUUUGACGUGGGACUCUCAAUUAAAUUCUGCGGCGUGACGAAAUUGGAGGAAAAAAAAAGAUUUUUGAAAAGAGGAAAAGAAAUGUUGUCGGCGUUAAUUGUGGAAAGGAUUAUUCAUUUUUUUUUAAGAAGAAAAUGGAAAAAUCAUUUGCUCAUGCGUUGAGAGACAAUUACACUUGUGCCACUUGCGCAAAACGAAACGCGUCAUGGAGGGAUGGAGAUGGUUUCACAGUGAGUGCCGGCUUUGGAUUUUCUAAAGCAGCUGAGUAUCCAGUCGAUGGUGAGCCUUUCAAGGCGAUGGUUCUUGUUCUGUGUCGACUUUCAAUUCCUCAUAAUAUUUAUAUAUCGUCGCGCUGUCAACUGCACUACGUACAUUUUAUACAUUCAUCAGGAUUUUCUUAACCCUCUUCAGAAGAAAAUUACGUUCAAGAAGAAGAUUCACCUAUUUCCCCACCAUUAUGGAUCGAACAUCAAGGAUUAUGUUGAGAAAAAUUAUUCUCGACUUCUUUUGUCUUAUUAUCGUUGGAGUGUUCGCGUUGGUGUUUUACCUAUUUGGCAAACCGUAUAAGAGGGGAUUUUUCUGCAAUGAUGAAUCAUUGAACCACCCAUUCCAAGAUUCUACAGUCACGAGUCCAAUGUUGUAUGUUAUUGGCGUUUUACUUCCCGUUUCCACGAUGAUGGUGGCUGAAUAUCUUCAUGCUAGAAAUACUGGUCAGCAAUCGAAGGUAUUGCUGGGAUUUAAUAUUCCUGCUUGGGUGUGGACAUCCUACUGUAAGAUUGGACUAUUUGGUUUUGGAGCAUUCGCAACGAUUUUAACGACAGAUGUGGGAAAAUAUACGAUUGGACGUUUAAGACCGCAUUUCAUGAAAGUUUGCGUACCCAGCGUCAAUUGUUCUCUUCCUGAAAAUCAUCAUCAAUAUAUUGAGGAUUUCGUUUGUACUGCGAAAAAUUUAUCUCCAAAAAUGAGCAAAGAAUUACGAUUAUCUUUCCCAUCGGGCCAUUCAUCCUUCUCAUUCUACGCAAUGGUUUAUCUUGUGUUGUAUCUAGAAUUGAGGUUCACAUGGAAGGGUAGUAAAUUAUUGAAGAAUGUUCUUCAAUUUAUCUGUUUAUUAGCUGCCUGGUUCACUGCAUUAACCAGAGUUUCUAACUACAAACAUCAUUGGAGUGAUGUUCUUGCUGGUUCUGUUCUUGGAACUGUCAUUGCAGUCAUAGUGGCACUGAAUGUAGCAGAUCUCUUCAAGGAAAGGAGAACCAGUACGGAGAAGCUUCACCCGGCCGAAUACGAAGUGGAAGAUGGGACACAGAAAGAAGAAGAACCUUUACGAAUAACGGAUCCAGCCCACUAUGGAGGAAUUAAUAAUUGAAGUACAAAUGGAUUUCCAAGCUAAUGAUAAUUCAAAAAAGAAAAAAAAUAAUUAAAAAUUUUUUUUACUCGAAAUUUUGUACAUACCUGAUAAAUUUUUUUUAAUUUGUA